AUGGACCCCUUCGAAGUCCGCAUCCGCUUCACCUCUCACCUCACCCACCUCACCGCCUCGCACACUACGCACCAACGCGCCGCCAUAUUCGCCCUUAAGAACCGCUCAAUGGACGAAGAUCUGCACUCGUGCAUCCUCGAACAGCUCGAAACAUCCUCCCUCAACACGCGCGCAAACAUAAUGUAUUUCAUAGAGACGCUCACGAGUUUAGCGAAGCAGGAAGGCGCGUUGGAGUUCGUGAGAAUGAUGCAGAGGGACAUUUUACGGGUUGUGGACGCGGUGGUCCCGGGAGAUGGUAGUGGGGCUGCGAAUGUAAGGGUGGUGAGGAAGGUGCUGGGGGGCUUGGGAGAGAAGGGCGUAUUGAUGAAGGAUACGGUUGUUGAACUCGAAGACAUCCUCAAAGAACGCGAGCGCGAGGGAGGAGAAGGCAAUCUCUUCGUUAACGCCGGCGAUGAAGGUACGCCCAAGAGGAACGGCGCGAGGUUGGACAAACGGCAGAUUGAACAGCGCAUUGAAGAGGAUAGGGAGAGGCAUAAGCGCGCGAGGGAAAGCAUCUGGGCUGUCCCAGGAGAGAACGAAGCUGAGAUGGAGAGGCUGUGGGAAGAGGCGAGUGAGAUUGGGGAGGAUGAUUAUAUAGCGGCGAGUGAGGAUAUGGUAGAGAGGAGACAGGCUAUUGCGCUUGGCUAG